GUCCCAGAUGGUUCGGGGAUCCGGUCGUUCCUUGUGGGUAAGCCGGCCUUCCAAGCGGCGGGCAUGGCUGGCCGGGGCACGCGUGGCUACGUCGCACUCGAUUGUCAAAACGGGCGCUUCGUGUGGCUCAAGGACGCUUGGCGGGCACACUACGACUUGGUCGAGAUGGAAGGUUCUGUGCUGGAGACGCUGAACAAGGAGGGGGUUUGCAAUGUGCCAACACUUAUCUGCCACGGUGACAUCCUCGAGCAAUCCACAAAGACACCAGACUACUGGCCCAAGAAGAAGGAUCCCGAAACUACCACGCAGCCCGCAACCUUACCGGAAGAGUGCCCCCUUCGGCGGCAUAUGCACUAUCGCCUCGUCGUCAAGGAGGUCGCUAUGGACCUGACGACGUUCAAGGAUGGACAACAACUGCUUUCGAUAAUCUUUGACUGCGUCAUGGGU